AUGUCAUACUACUUCACCAUCCUCUCCCCCACCGACAAACCCCUUUUCAAUAUUGCCUUUGGCACCUCCAAAGGCGGAGGCGAUGGCAUUGCGCGAUUCCGCUUCCCAGACACGGCGCAGUACAUGAACCAGUUCAUCAUCCACUCGAGCCUGGAUAUUGUUGAGGAAGCUCAAUGGACGAAUGGGGGGAUGUACCUAAAACACAUCGACACCUACCCCCCAGCCGCAGCAUACAUAUCGGCCUUCCUAACGCCCAGUGGCACCCGCUUUCUACUCCUGCACCAACCACCCCAACUCCCCUCCUCGAGCACCACAACUGGCUCAUCAUCACUCCUCAACGCGUCCGGCUCCGCCACGCGCGCUUCGUCCAAUUCCGUCGCGGCCAACCCGACCUCCCCGCAGACGGAGGAGGCUGUGCGUCAGUUCAUGAAUGAAGUCUACGAAAGCUACGUUAAGACUGCUAUGAGUCCGUUCUAUAAACAGGGGAUGGAGAUUCAGAGUCCCGUUUUUAGGGGACGGGUUACUGCGGCGGGGAAGAAGUGGUUAUAG